UCCACCCCUCAAAGCCCAGGAAACAAAGUCUGUAUCAUUCAUCCACUCUUACACACAAACACACCUACUUCCUCACACCUACUUUCCCUCAGACGUAGACAACUAGAUACACACAUCGAUUCUCCUGCGCCGUCCAGUCGAUUAUCUCUGAUAACAACCUUUGCAGGGAAAUAAUAGCCCCGAGUUUCUUUUUGCCUGACUUGGAUGAAACUUUUUGUCUAUUUUAAGGGAUAAUUUUCUCCUCUCAGCCCUCAAGCGAUCACCUGGAUUGGGAAGAUAACGAUGAUUCACUUGUCUGCAGGGAUAAGAGAAAAGGAGACUUACAAUUGAUGACGGUGGAGAAUAAUUCAACAACAGGCUCUGGGCAUAGAAGCAGGUGACUGAAGGUGGACGAGGAAGACGGAAGGACUAUGGGCUGCUGUUGUGUGUGGAUAUUCCUUCUGUUGAUUUCUUACUCCCAUCAAAGAGUCACAGCACAACCUGAAGCGUGCAGGACGGUGGUGCAGGCGGACAUAGUGUUUCUGGUGGAUGCGUCAUGGAGUGUGGGCCAACAGAGCUUCUCCACGGUCAAAGGCUUCGUGUCCGCCGUUGCGUCCUCCUUCCAGGACAGUGUGAUCGGAAGCGACGGGGUUCGCUUUGGCGUCACCGUCUUUGGGGAUGUCCCAAGAAUGCGGAUAGCUCUGACAGAUUACAGUUCUCUGGGGGACGUGCUCAAAGCCAUCAAAGACCUCCCCUACGAGGGUGGAUCCAGGAGGAUUGGUGAUGCCCUCCAGUUUCUGGUUGACCCGGUGUUCAGCCCCGCCGUCAGUCGAGACCAUGCCCCAAAGAUCACAGUUUUGAUUACCAGUGGACGUUCAGACGACCAGGUGGAUGCUGCAGCCAGAGCCGUAGCCGACAACGGGAUUUCUCUCUUUGCAGUAGGUGUUCGUGGAGUCGACGAGACAGAGCUUAGGAAGAUUGUGACGCAGCCAUAUGAGGAGCACCUACUGCUGGGUGCUGAUUACUCUCUCCUGGAAACCAUCCUUCCCAAACUGUCCCGCAGAGUGUGUUUUACUGCCUCUGAACCACCACGGCCUGUGAAACCGUCCCAGCCUGUUGAAACGCUUAUAGUGGGCCCCAGAGACCUUCAGGUCAGUGAGUUGGACUACAGCUCCCUCAGACUGACAUGGAGUCAGGCUACUGGCGAUGUCACCGGAUAUCGGAUUCUGGUCACUCCUCUCAACACCAAAGAGCACUCUCCCUCCCAGCAGCAGAGAGAGAUUGAUCUGAAGGCAGAUGUGAGCACAGUACUGGUGACAGAGCUGAACCCCAAAACAAACUAUUCCCUCACUGUCCACGCCAUCUACCCCGGCCUCCUCGGAGACUCUGCCACAGUCACCACACAGACAACUCCUCUGCCCCUGGUGUCAAACUUUCGUAUUAUUGAAGAGGGGCUGUUCUCUCUGCGUUUGGGCUGGACUCCUCCUUUAGGGAAGCUCAAUGGAUUCAAGAUUUUUAUCCCAAGAACCAACAGACCAGGAUUCAGCUACGAGCAUCUGCUUCCUGGAGACAUCUCUUCUCAUGUGAUUGACAGCCUGGAGGAGGAUAGGAAGUACACCAUCAGUAUUUAUGCUGUGUACCCCCAAGGACCAAGUGAACCAGUUUCAAUAGUGGGGAAAACAUUGAAGCUGGUGCCGAUUCAGACGUUCCUGGUGGAAAAUGCCACCACUGAUACGGUCCAAGCCAGGUGGACUUCAGUAAAAGGCGCUACAGGAUAUCGUCUGACGUGGGCAUCCCAAAAUGAUCACAUAGAGAACAUAAACCUUGGAGACAACUUUAAUUUCUACAUGAUCCAGGGCCUCCAUCCUGGCGCUGAAUACACCAUCAGCAUUAAUCCUGUCUUCGGAGACGUGGAGGGACCUGUCACCGCUAUGAAAAUCAAGACACUGGAAAGCAGCGCAGUGCAGACUCUGAAGGUGUCUGCGGUGAGCACCAGUACUGCUGUAGUCUCCUGGAAUGGUGUCCCAGGAGCCACAGGAUACAGGCUAGCCUGGGGACCCACCCCAGAGUUUGUUGGUCGGGACCGUCCCAGGCAGUUGGCUCUAAACGGCAGCACCACAGAGCACCAUCUGAAGAACGUAGCCCAUGAUACCGAGUACGUGCUCACCCUCUAUGUCCUGUUUGGAUCUGUGGUGGGGCCUGGUAUCACAGCCACCUUCAGAACAUCUCCUCUGGGCUAUGUCUCCAACUUCAAGGUGACAUCUUACACAAGUACUUCCAUAGAUGUGGAGUGGAGUCCCAUCGUAGGAGCCACUGACUACAAACUCUCUUGGAACACAGGCGAUAGCAGCCCCCAGUCUCGUUACCUGGACCGUAGCAUCCUCUCCCAUCGUAUUGAAGACCUGACCCCACAGUCCACUUACACGGUCACUAUUUGUGCAGUGUACGGCAACUCAGAAGGGCCAGAAAUCUCCUUAUCUCAGCUCACAGCUGCUGUCUCAGACUCAGAUCCCAUCCAGGCAGUGAAGGGGGUCAAGGUUGUGGACAUAGGGGUCAACUCUUUCACCCUGUCCUGGAAAAGGACACCAGGUGCAACGGGGUAUAAAAUCUCAUGGGUUCCUUUCCUGGGAGGUGAUGAGAAGUUCCACAUGGUUUCAGCUGCCUCCACCACUUUUACCAUCCACAACUUGCAGGAGAGCUCAGCCUAUAAGAUCCAAGUGUCCUGCACGGUGGGAAACAAGGAAGGAAGUCCAGUUCUGGUGACAGCCCGCACCUUGGAUCUACCCAAAGUGAAUGGCUUCGCUGCUUUGAACACUACAGACAGAAGUACUGUUCUGAAGUGGACACGAGUUGCAGGCGUCUCUGGUUACCUCCUGUCCUGGAGGCACAUCUCAGUCUUGGAGACUAAAACGGAGAUUCUGGGCCCUGCCUUCACAUCCUAUAAGCUCAGUGACCUCCAGUAUGGCAGAACAUAUAUUUUCACCAUUAGGCCACUGUAUGGAGAAGUGGAGGGGCCUAUAAGCACUGUGUACCACAGAAUAUUGGGGCAGGAUUCUCCUGUGGCAACAGUCCAGGUUGUGUCAACAGCCACAGUAGCCCCUGGUUCCUCUCACAUCACCACUGCCUUACAGCCAGCCUCCGUCACCAACACCAGCACUGACACAACCACUAGAGCCACACGGCAGCCCGUUGUUGUGCCACCAACCAAAGUCAUAGCCACCAAACCGCCCCCUCGUCAGCCGAGCGUCACUGAAGCCAAAGCAGUAGCAGUCACAACGCAACGGCUGGCCACCGUCAGUGCACCGAAGGCAGCUCCACCACAGCCAGUUUGUGGUAAGACCAAAGCAGAUAUAGUUUUUUUAGUGGAUGAGUCCUCCAGCAUCGGGGCCAAUAACUUCAUUAGGAUGAAGGACUUCAUGUUCAGAGUGGCCACUUACUUUCCUGUCAUUGGUCCUCAGGGUACACAGAUAGCUGUGGUUCAUUACAGCGAUGAGCCUCGCACUGAAUUCCGUUUAAGCGACUUCAAAGACAGAAGCUCUGUGCUGAGGGCGAUCAGAGCGCUGCGCUACAAAGGAGGCAACACCAGAACAGGAAAAGGCAUCGGUUUUGUUCUGCAGGAACUGUUCCAAGAGUCUCUAGGGAUGAGACAGGAUGUGGCCCAUGUUAUGGUCCUGAUCACAGAUGGCAGGGCUCAGGAUAAUGUGGUUCCACCCUCCCGAAUUGCACGCGCUCUGGGCGUCAGUAUGUUGGCAAUUGGAGUUUCAAAUGCAGACGUGGAUGAGCUGAGUAAAAUCGCAGCGCCCACAAGCUACAAGAAUAUUUUCUACUCACCAACCUUCGAUGACUUUCCUUCAAUUGAGAGGGAAUUUAUCAGCAGUAUCUGUAGUGAGGAGCUGCUCUCUGAGUUCAAGCUACAAGAUGAGUUCGCACCGUUGGACACCCCGACUGAAGACCCAGAGAAGGUGCUCAAGCCUGAGGGUCCUUGCUCCUCCCGGUGCGUAAAGGGACAAAAAGGGGAAAAGGGAGAUGGUUCAGGUUUUGGAAGUCUGAAAUUUCGGCAGAGCCCUGGACAGUUUGAUCCUUUUGCUCCUUCCAAAGGAGAGAAAGGAGAGAGGGGGCCGUCAGGAACAGAUGGUGUACCGGGGUUGCCUGGACGGCCGGGGAGAACCGGGCCCCCUGGUUCUGCUGGACAGCGGGGGCCACAAGGCAUACCAGGUGACAUGGGUCCUCCUGGAAUCACUGGUCCAAAGGGACAAAGAGGAGAAAGAGGAGAGCCUGGCUAUGUUAUAGCUGGCACAGACUCAAACUUUGUCCCUGGACGAAAAGGAGAACCGGGAUCUUCAGGGCCUCAGGGGCCUCCUGGCAUACCAGGGGUCAAUGGAGCUCCAGGUCUGCCUGGUCAGCCAGGACCCUUAGGGCCACCAGGAAUAUCUGUCAAGGGAGAUCCUGGAGAGCCAGGAGCUAAAGGUUUACGUGGGAAGCAGGGCGUGAAUGGAGACAAAGGAGAGCCGGGAAUAAAUGGUACCGCAGGUUUGCCUGGACCCAUUGGCAUCGAUGGGGUGCCAGGGUUACCAGGUCAGAAGGGAGAUAAGGGUGAAGAAGGAAUCGGCAUACAAGGCAUUCAGGGCCCUCGUGGGAAACCAGGGGAGAAGGGUAAUAUCGGUUUAACAGGACCAGUUGGCCCAAAGGGUGAUCGCGGAGAGCAGGGCAUCCAAGGAAUCAUCGGACCUCGGGGAAAGAAGGGAUUCAAAGGGGAGCAAGGGGACAAGGGAGAAAAAGGAGAGACGGGACCAAUAGGACCACAAGGGCCAACAGGGGUCGUGGGGCCAAUGGGGUUAAAAGGAGACGAGGGUCAGAGGGGAGCCCCUGGUGAUCCUGCCAAGGGUAUUAUUGGUCCAACUGGAAAAAAAGGUGCCAGGGGAGACAUCGGUCCAGUUGGCCCCACAGGGCCCCAGGGAAUAAAAGGUGAACGAGGAGACAAAGGAGAAAAGGGAAAUCCUGGGUUUGGGAUUCCAGGACAGCAGGGACCAAAGGGAGAAAAUGGUGAGAGGGGGAAUGUUGGUCUGUCUGGAAAACCAGGACCAAAGGGACAGGAUGGCUUUAAAGGUGACAAAGGGGAUAUCGGGCUCCCUGGCAAUUCUGGAGAACCAGGAUUAAGAGGUAAAGAUGGUGCACCUGGAGUUAAAGGAGACCAAGGAAUUAAGGGUGAACAUGGACCAGCUGGAGAACCUGGUGACAGAGGAAUCAGGGGUCCAUUGGGGUUAACAGGACGGCCAGGGGACCCAGGAGAGAAAGGAGAUACUGGGAAGUUGGGGGCGCCAGGCGCUGAUGGAAAGAAAGGCGACAAAGGAGAGCCAGGAAAACCUGGACUUCCAGGAGCACAAAUUGUUGGAGACAGCAACAUACUGACAAGAGUGAUUAAGGGCGAACCAGGAGAGCCUGGCCAGCCUGGCUUGAGAGGAGAAACAGGUUUGCCUGGACCAAGAGGCCCAGAAGGUAAACCAGGGUCUCCAGGACCAUCUCUGGGUGGUUCCGGAAGAGAUGGUGUUGAUGGCUCACCAGGCAAACCGGGAAUGAAGGGCGAACAGGGACAGAAAGGUGAUGAUGGUCUGAAGGGAGAUAAAGGAGACCAAGGCCGAGUGGGGAUCGCUGGAAUGCCUGGUCUACCGGGAACACCAGGGCGACCUGGUGUUGAUGGGAAGAGGGGCCUGCCUGGCAAAGAUGGAGAAGGAGGCAUAAAAGGAGAUGAUGGCAAAAAGGGGGAGAGGGGUGACCCAGGUGCAAAUGGUAAAGAUGGUAGUAAGGGUGACGCAGGGCCUCCAGGUUUGCCUGGAAAGCAGGUGUUAGUCACUACAGAGGGCGCCACCAUUGACGAAAUCCGACAAGCAUUUCCAAUCCCAAUGGGUCCCCCAGGAGCUACUGGUUCACCAGGAAUGAAGGGUGAUCCAGGAGAAAAAGGCCUGAAAGGAGAGAAGGGUGAUGCUGGAGCUCCUGGAAAGUCUAUUGAAAUGAAGGACAUUGAAGAGAUGUUUGAAGCAUAUGGAAUAAGGCUUCCUUUGCUGAAGGCUUUGAUUGACAGACUGCUGCAGGACGGAAUAGAGGAGCUGCUUCAUGUGCUCGGCACGACCAAGAAGGCAAAGGAAAACACAGACAGUCACACCUCCAACAUCAUCACAGAGUACACAAGUUCAGUGAAGUUUGACCUCACCAGCCAGCCUUCGUCUGACUUGGGCACCAUUGAAGAUGCAGCUUUAGAUUUUUCAGAGUCUUUGUCUAUUGAGCCUUUAAAUGAAACUGAAGAGGGUCCGACUUUAUGGACCGUCACUGCACUGAAUGGAGAGCAAGGGCUUGACAAGACUGAAACCAAAUUAAGGGGAUCCAGAAGGAAGGAGAUGGGGCCUUCACUCAAACUUAACCUAACUGUAGUCAAUACUACUUUUAAUUAUACUAUGAUGGAGGAGACGGUUUCAGGUUUACCUGGACCUGUGGUGGAAACUGUUCUUCUCACUCACGAAGAGUCUCUGACUAAGAAUGCGGGACAGAAGAAGAACAGGGAGCGUGGGAAGGCCAAAGGAAAUAAAGGACGACAUAAGAGGCAGAGACAGCGCCUGACAAGUGAAGGUGACAAGCAAGAAGAAGAGGAAGAGGAGGAGUUUUAUAACGGUGAAGAACUCAGUUAUGAGUAUGAGCAGGAGGAACCCUCCCCAGACGACCCCGCAGCCUCCACACAGCUUGAAGCCUUAACAGAUGGGUCCCUUCGUCUCGUGGAUAAAAAGGAGGACGAAGUAUCCACACACAGUCCCAUCCAGAGAGAAACAUCAGCAGGAGCCUCCAGUCGUCCUGUGGCUUUACUCGCAGAAAGUGAAGCACCUGCAAAGGAUGAAGUGUCGCUGGCAACACCUCCCAUCACAACAGAGGAACCAGACGAGGUGCCUCGGUCUCAGUUCAGGGUGAAAAGAGGCACUGACCAAGCGGAUGUCAUGGUUUUCAUGCCCGGCGCUGCAGGUGCAAGAAAUCGAUUCAAGGGCACACAAAAUCAUGCGUCCUCUGGAGCUCCAGGUUAUAAUAGGAAGAAGCAUGAACAUCCUGAGGUCCUAAAACAUUCCAAGCGAAAGAGGAAAGAUGGAAGAGAAAGAUGGAGAUACAGUAAUACAGAUAGAGAAAUUCUUACAGAAAUUGAGGGUGGAGAAGGUGAACUGACUAAAAACACAGAUGACUGGGAUGAGAGAGACAAAGAUACAGGAACAGACCCUGGCCCAGUCUAUGAGGAGGAAGAGAGGAGUGGAGACAACGACUGGGGGACAGAGGAGGAUGUUGACAGAGAGCGGGAAGGAGAGGAGGAGGAGCUGGAGAGGGAGAGGGAGAGGGAACGGUUGGAGAUGGAGAGAGAGAGGGAGGAGCUGGAGAGAGAGAAGGAGGCCGAGAUGGAGCUGGAGAGGAAGGGGACAGAGGAGGGGGACAGAGACUUAGAGAGAAAGAGGGAAGAAUGGGAGAGGAGGAGGAGGGUGGAGUAUGAUGAAGAAACUGGGCAGCCAUACCCUUACCCUCCAGAAUAUUUUUUCCUGAAGGGACAUCCAGGUGAGAACGGGCAGCCAGGACCGAAGGGUGAAGUUGGUGAAAAAGGACAAAAGGGUGAACCAGGCAUCGGCCACAGAGGCCCAGAAGGACAGGCCGGUCCUCCAGGACACAAGGGGGAACCAGGUGAACCAGGACCUCCAGGUGCGCAGGGCAUCCAGGGUAUUCGUGGCAAUGCAGGCGUCCAGGGCUCGUCAGGCCUCAGGGGUCCCCCGGGAGACGCCGGGGAACCAGGCAGAGUGGGUGACCAGGGUAAAAGGGGGAAGAACGGAUCCCCUGGAGCUCCUGGGCUUCGAGGACCACCAGGACCUCAAGGUCCUCCUGGAGUCUCUGGAGUAAAAGGAGAUAAGGGAGACACGAUUCCAGGUGAGCCUGGAGCAAAGGGAUUGGCUGGCUUCCCAGGCAGAAGGGGUGAACAAGGCACUCCAGGUAUUAAAGGAGCUCCUGGGCAUAUAGGUACAAAAGGUUUGCGUGGCAGCAAAGGUGAAAAGGGUGACCGGGGUUUACCUGGAGUCAGAGGAGAAAGGGGGAGUGUGCUUCAAAUUCAAGGACCACGUGGAUUUAAGGGAUCCAAGGGCGAAGCGGGUGAACGAGGUCCUCCAGGGUUUGAUGGUGAUAAAGGAGAGAAGGGUGAAGAUGGUCCACCUGGAGUCAAGGGUGUCAAGGGUGCUGCUGGUACUAAAGGUGCACUGGGACGAUUUGGAGCACGAGGCCCAGUAGGACAGAAAGGGGAGGCUGGAGAGCCCGGACUCAACGGUGUUAUGGGUCGCAUUGGUGAUCAUGGUGUGGAUGGAGCCAAAGGGGACAAAGGAGACAUGGGCUUGCAAGGCCAGAAGGGAGAUCAGGGUGAUGCAGGGGAGGCAGGCCUGCCAGGAGACAAGGGGGAGAAGGGGGAGAAGGGUUUCAGAGGAUUACCUGGCCGCAUUGGGAGUCCGGGCCUCAAUGGAGAUAAGGGAGACAUGGGUCCGCCUGGCACCCCUGGUAUAUCUGGACUGAACGGACUCACAGGACGCAAGGGUGACAAGGGAGAAGGGGGCAUCAACGGUGUUAACGGUGAGCCAGGAGUGAAGGGAAUAAAGGGUGCAGCGGGUUUCACAGGUUUCCCAGGCUUUAAAGGAUCAGCAGGGAGCCCAGGGAGGGACGGCGAUGAUGGCCCACCAGGACCACUGGGUCCCCGUGGUGAUGCAGGGCCUAAGGGAGAGAGGGGCCGAAGAGGCAGAUCGAAGCCAUGUGAAAGGGGAGGACCUGGGAUCCCAGGACAGAGAGGAGACACUGGUUCUGUAGGGAUUGAAGGAGCCAAAGGGGAGAAGGGAGAGCCUGGACUCUCAACUGAAGAAGUGAAGGAGCUGGUCACCAAGGAGGUGGUGGAGAAGUGUGGUCUGGAGUAUAAGUUCAUGGUCAAGUCUGUGGAUCCAGACGCAACGACCGCGGUGACUGACAACAGGAAGGGGCCAGAGGACGUGGUGAUAUCCAUCUCUCGUGACGUCCAUGAGGGAGAGAUGGAGGAGGAAGAGGAGUAUGAAGACUGGGUGGAGGAAGUGGACGUGGGAAAGGAGACGUUUCCUAACCACACUGGUUCUCUUGAGGGCGGGACUGGGGAUUUGGGACAGAGGAAGAAAAGAAGGGUUUUUGGAACAAACACCGCUGCUCCAGGGAGCGAGCGCUGCCUGGAGCCCAUGCUGGAGGGCGUGUGCUCAGACUACGCCCUGCGCUGGUACUUCCACCGGCCCUCGGGGGCGUGCAGGCCGUUCGUCUACGGCGGCUGCGGCGGGAACCGGAACCGCUUCUCCUCCAGGGACGAGUGCCAGGGCUGGUGCGGCGUGGGGAGGAGAGGCUCGGAGCCCCGGAGGUGAAGCCAGCGACGCAGAGCAGCCUCCGCCUGUACAUAACUGUGUGAAGUGUUGCACUGUUCUUAUCACUGCUAUUUAUAUUUUACGUGUUGAAAUUGAUAACGUGAACUAUAAAACACUUUGGGAACUGUU